GCUCACAAAGAGGAAGCGAGAAAACGGUGUCGAGAGACAAACGGGGAGAGCUCUGAGGAAAUGGGGAGAUGUGGUUUAUUCGCGGUUUUUAUACUGUCCUCUGUGGCGCUGACUGAGGGAGAUCCCAGUUCCAAUGGAUCUAGAAUCUUCUGUUACAAGGUUCCCCGACAUUGUCAAGAAAAUGAAUCCAACAUCCCUCGGUGUAUAGAAAAACAGAUGAGAAACUGUAGGUUUUCACUGCCCAGGACAAAGAAUCCAGACUUUUAUUUGCAGACUGUAAAUUCCUCCUAUGAGGUCACAGUGGACACAGUGUAUGGCCACGUGAUUCAUAUUCCCUCAGAAGCUGUCCUGAAAAGCAGUGGGGAGCAGCUGGGCAAUGGCCAUGAACUGCACGUGACCGUAUCUGUUCUUAACCGCAGCCUUUUUGAGGCACAGUCAGAUGAAGGAUCUCCUCAUGAGCAGGUUUUAGGCGUGUGGCUUGGCAAUCAAGAUGUCCACGACCUUUCUCAUCCUGUUAGGAUGGUGUUUGUGAAUGUCCAUCAGAAUGGGAGAGGUAAAUGUGUCUUCUGGAAGCUACUGACCAACAGCGAACAAGGUAGUUGGAGCACAGACGGCUGUAACACAAUCCAGAACAACACAGACUUCAUCUGUGAAUGCAGUCACCUCAGUUUCUUUGCAGUGCUGAUUAGUCCUGAUGUGCCAGAUCCUGUUGAUGUUCAGCAUCUUGAGUAUAUCUCAUACAUUGGAUCAUCUCUUUCUGUGGUGUUCACUGUCGUUGUCAUUGUGAUGUAUCUGUGGCACAAGAAACCAAAGGCAGGACAGACGCUCAUCAUUCAUAUACAGCUCACAGGUUCGCUGCUCCUACUGCACCUCUUUUUCCUGGCCAGUUCGGUUUGGUCCAGUGCAGAGUGGGCAAGCUGCUGGACCCUGGGAUUCAUACUGCACUGGGCCCUGCUGGCCACUUUCACCUGGAUGGCAAUUGAAGGCUUCCAUCUGUACCUGCUACUGGUGCGGGUCUUCAACAUCUGCAUCAGCAGAUAUCGACUGAAACUAAGCCUGGUGGGCUGGGGAGUCCCUACAGCUACAGUGAUGAUCUGUGGAAUGGCUGGAGCAUAUGGCAAGUACACCCUCAUGGAGAACGCCAGCAGAACCACUAGCCUUUGCUGGGUUACUACCAAGGCUGCAAGGUACAUAACAGUGAAUGGUUAUCUGGGGCUGGUGCUGCUCUUCAAUGCUGCUAUUCUGGGUCUGAUGGUGGUGAAGAUGCAGCAGCUGAGAGCACGAAAGAUCCAGGCAGGAAACAGAGGGAGGAGGAUGUGGAAAGACUGGGCCAGCCUGCUGGGCCUCAGCUGUGUUUUAGGGCUCCCCUGGGGGCUGGCGUUCAUCACACAUGGACCCCAGUCUAUCAGUCUUUCAGCAAUUUACCUUUUCACUGUGCUCAAUGCCUUUCAAGGUUUCUUGAUGUUCCUGUGGUUCUUAUCGAUCACCUGUAAGUCGUUUCAUGAGGAGCAGCGCUCAACAAAGGGCUCCUCCAUGAGCAACGUCACCUCAUGAUACUGGAUAUGGGAUGAUACAUUUUGGUGACCUUUUCUGUAAAUUCCCACAAAACCAUGCACCAUAAAAUCAAUACUAGUCUGUCUACAGACCAGUGACAGUAGUUCUUAGCCCUCUGUAUCUUGUUUUGUGUGCAGGUUUUAAACAUCUGUUUUGUAGGCCUGUCUAUACAAUGUAUAAUAAAUUGACUGCAAUGGUUAGCAAUCAUUA